AUACGAACCCAUGACAAAGCGCUCGCGGGACGCCAGGCGAGUGUCUUACCACUACACCACGGAGACUAUGCAAAUGGUGUUGGAAACAUAACUGUUCAAGAGAAAACUUUAUAAACAAUUCCAAAAGACACCUGAUGAACUAGGCUGUGAUUCCCACGUCAGGCUGCGAGUAUCUGCACCCAACAGCCCAACUGACUAGACCAUCAACUAUGAGGCCUGGUCAGAGACCUGGCCGCUGGGACAAACAACAGUUUCAGACGUGGCUGAUAGUGUGGAGAACCUGGCGAAGAGCUGGUAUGGAGGAGGCGGUGACCUGCGUCGUGUGUAACAAGGUAUACGAGAAGGGGCCCCGCGAGCCCCUGGUGCUGCCCUGCGGCCACACCUUCUGCCGCAGCUGCCUCAACCACUACGACUCCUGCACCCGCACCCAAUUCUACUGCCCGACCUGCCGCACAGACUUCAGCCACCUGAAGGUCGACGACCUACCUCUCUGCUUCUCCUUGCUCGGGCUAUCUGCCACCUACAUGGAAAGUCAGUGUAAUACCUGCAGCAAGCACGGGGAUGAGCUGAAGUAUUGGUGUCUGGAGUGUAAGGUGGCCCUGUGUAGUCUAUGUCUCUACUCCGAGCACGAGAACGGCCACCACGUCCACCUGGCCAAGGCCUACAUCCAAGAGAGGAAGUAUCAACUCAUGGACCAAAUCGAACUUAUAAUAUUUGAGAAUAUUGCCGAAAAGAAAGAGGAAAUAAGAAAUAUUUUCUACAACAGCUCUCGGAUGAUUAGCACUCUGUGCCUUAAAAGUACUUUUCUGCAUGAUUUUGAGGAAAAUAUGAAGAUUCUUUUAUCGGAAAUUGAAAAAGUUUGCAGUAUCGGCUCCCUGUUUGUUUCUGAAGCAAAGGUAAAACAUAUAGAGAUGAGUAAAUUAAACUCUCUGUUAUCUAGAAAUGAUUCUACAGAAGUCGAAGUCACCAGAGAAUGUGCAGCUUCAGCAGAAGGCAAGGCCGGAGCUGUCACAGCUGCAGAAGGAAAGACCGAGGCUGCUGAAGCCGCCACACAGAAGCAGCAGCAGAAACAACGGCAGGCACCACCUGCCAACAGUCAAUGUGUCAAACUGGACUAUCGGGAUGGUAGACUCCUACUUCACUCACAAGCCCUGCGUGUCAACUCCCCUCUCUUCUUAAAGUUGCCAUCUGAGGUGUUCUUGGAGCUGGGUGUUGGUGACAGGAGUCUGGGUCGUGUCUAUAUCCGUGUGCAGCCUCACCUGCGUCACUCACAGCAGUUCCUGCUACUCUGCCUCGGCACUCUGGGGCCUUCCCUUGCCGGGUCCGCCAUAAAUAGUGUGAACCAUAUAGGUCAAGACUCAGAAAAUAUUUUGUUUAAUUCCUAUAUUGACAAAAGUCUGAUAGGUAACACUAACGUAUUGGCUUCCCUGGAGACCAGCUGCAAUAUUCGUAGAUCAACAACGGAAGGAACAGUGACUUCGGCGAAUAUAGGAUCAAAUUAUUUUGGAUUUAUGAUUUGGACCAAAGGUCACCCAUUCAAUUGUCCUUACAGCAAGCCUACUUGCCACAAUCGCCCCCGAGGCCAUUAUGCAACUGAAAAGCCUUCUUGCGAAAACCAUUUCCAUUUUGGCGAGGUAACAUCAGGGUUGGAAGUAGUCCAGGCUGCCAUUGGUCAUAACCCCAUCACUGAGGUUGAAAUCACAGGGUGCGGCCUCUCCAUACCUGACCUUUGACUGACAACACACCAGGCUACGCUAGCCUAUUCUCUCAAAUUGCCACAACGUACAAAAUUCACACAGAACCCAAGUCACCCACCUAACCUAUAGAACCAAUGCCCCCCCCCCCCCCAAAAAAAAAAAAAAAUUAGAAUUUU